AUGAAAGGCCUAGACGGGAAAACUUGUUCUAGCACAAAUCUCGCCACCUCUUCCAGAUUCUCGCUUUGGCCUUCUGACGAUCCUGUUGUCAAGGCAAGAAGAUCUAGGAGGGUCGAUCACUGGGCCAAGCUGAGAGCUAAGGUUCCCGAGGAGUUUUUGAGCUUGCCCAUCGCCGUCGAGCUCGAAUCUCUCAGCAGCUCCAGCAUAUCUGACCUGUCGCUCACGGACGAUGAGAAGAGGAGAAGGAAAGGAAGGAAAAGUCGACAGAGACCGGCAGAUUCUUACUCAGACAGCGCGGGGUCGGACGAAAGAGGGAGGAAAGCAAAACACAAGGAGAGAUCGUCGGGCUCAUCGUCAAGACGCCGUCGAGACACCAUCUGCGCGUCAAGCGUCGCCAGGGAAACGUACUCCUUCGACAUGGACAACUUUUCACUGUUAGACCGGCCGGCCACCGCUCAGGCGGCCAAACAAAACAAAAUCGUCGCAAUGAGUUCGCUAUCGUCAACAGAGGAGGACAUCCUUUUAUUUCUGUUGAUUCAGUUCGGAGUCCUCCCGAGUAGCGCCACGCAUAAAGACCUGCGGAAACUCCUCCGUAAGGCUCUUCAUGGUAAGAUAAACAUCAGUCUACACUCUAACGGAAAUUACGUACACACGAAUGGUGUUUACAUCAACGUGAAGGGUAAUUACAUUAACACUCGCGGCUUGUACAUAAACACUGAUGGUAACUUCAUAGGAACCAGUGGGACGUACGUGAACAUCGUCAAGAAAGACGGAAAGAUGGAGGUCUCCAAGGUACCACCCGUCACCCGGAUUCCGAAACCUCUCGCGAUAGACUGUAAAAGUCCCGAAUUAGAGUUUGACAUGCCGAUUUAAGCAACUCAAAUUUUAUUGUAAUGUCAUUUAUAUUAUGUAGCUAUUACUUUGAUAAUGCUAUAAUCUAUUGAGUCGUCUUCUUGUUGUAUUGGUGUAUGGUAGCGUAGUUACAUUGAUUUUUAUAUCAAGUAUGAUUAUUGACGACCAAAUACACAGUGGCUUUGGUAUUAGUUGCUAUGGAGACGAUUACGCUCAGGGUGAGUAAUGAAUCUACAGCCACCAUUUUGGAGACCAAAAAAAGGAAACCCGGUUUGAUACAAGUUGCCGUAGUCAUGGUGACCAUGUUAUGUAUCCCAGUAGUACAUUGCACAUAUUGUACUACCUCAUGUGUUCCUUCAGCUUGUGUUGCUACCAAGCCUCUAUAUAUAAGAAGGAGGCACAUUUAAGAAGUGUUUCCAUUUUGUCAGGGAUUCAUCAAAGGGAUUAAAGUAAAUCAAUCACUAGAAUGAAUUAUAUCGUAUGAGAAAACAUGAA